AUGCAACCCAAGGCGCCUCUGGCACGUCUUGCACGUAGCGGAUGUCCGGAAGCCGUAAAUAUGUAUCACAGAAUGUGCCUGUUGUUCCAGUGCCAGCGGCGAAAGGUGGAAAAUUUCUGCUCACCCCCGCAAUCACGAAGGGCAUCGUUUUCAAUGAAACCGUAUACUACAUUUGUGUGGGUGAGGUGA